GCGUGAACCCUUCGAAUGUGGAUGUCUUUCGUAACCAAGACGACACCAUAUCUGUAUGAAUAAGAAAAUUAAAAAAGAGAAUACAAAUGGCAAACAAAAUAAUGUGAAGUGACUUCAGUUUGAGUGAAACGUAGAAAUUUCUAAACCAAGAAUUUAAUUAUUGCUAAAGCAUUAAUCAUAUCCAUGUGAUUCGAAAUAUUGAAGGAAGGCAAGAACGAAUUUGAUACUCGCGCUGGAGUCUAAGCAAGAAAAUUUUUUCUCUGCCUUGUUCUUUGGUGCUUCUUCUUCCACUUCGUUGGUGGAGGAAUUUUUGUAUCCACCUUAAAAUGGAAAUUGUAUAGAAAAAUUUUGUGAAGUGAGAAAAAAGCAAACACACUGAAGAAGAGAAAUUUUGAAAAAAAGAAAUCUAAAGCUUUGAGUGUCGUGUGCAGUCCCACUAAGUGUAUGUUCUUUUGUAUGAAAAAAGAAAAAAAUCCAAGAAGUUUUUUCGAACGAAAGCAAAAAAUCUCUAUACACCACAAUUCUUCCUUAUAUUGUAAUAUAAUCAUCAUCAUUAUCAACAUCGUCAUAUCAUCACAUCGUCGUUGUCGUUGUCGUCGUUCUAGCAGGCAUAUCUACUCCAUACACUAAAAUAACGGGACAGAGACAUGCAAGCAUAGCGCAUAACGAAUGCCGUCGUUGUCGUUUACGUUGUUGUCGUCGCCGUCAUCGAAGUCGUUGUUGUUGUCAUUGCCGUCGAUGCCGUUAUCGUCGUAGUAGUAGUAGUAGAAACGUGUCGCGUAGACGAGCCUUUUCAUUCCAUUACACACUUCGGGCCGCGUGGUACAAUCCCCACCAACCUCCCCCAAAACAUAAAUAAAACAAAAAACAAAUCAUAAGAACAGCAUACCCACACUCACACAGAGCGAGAGCAGAAAGAGAGAAAAUACACCGAGUAACCGUAAUUGGUAGUGUAACGUAACGCCGUAGUAUCCGAAGGUAUUUGAAUAACGUGCUGUACGGCUUUAGAUAAGCCGACUUUUUUAAGGGAUAUUUAUUGUACAAUCCCAACUCCCAGGCCCACACCCGCCACACACCUUCAUCGGCAUUGCUUGUAAUCGUUCUCUCACCCGCAUGCAUGUUUGUGUGUGUGUGGGAGCGCGUAAAUUUAUGUGAUUACAAAGCUGUCAAUACUCUUUGAAGUCGAUAAGGAGAUGCAAGGUUUUCCACCCUUAUCACCGCCGACCAUUUCUUAGUCAUCAUCAAGAGCGUAUUCGUUUGGCUUUAAGCCAUCCAUUUGACCAAAAAGAGCAGCAGCAGUAACGAAGUCUUUCGAAAAUCUACAUAUCCGAAUGGAGAAUAUUCUCAUUCGAUAAGCAAAGCGGAAGUUGCAGUUAUUCCGAAAGAGAAACCCCACAACGCAUAUUUUCCAACAUAUCAAUGGACUUAAACAUUUCGAAAAUACAUUAAAAAAGAGAAAAGCUGUCAAUAACACUAUUUACAAUAAAUAAUCAAAAAUAAGUAAAUUUAAAUAAAAAAAAAAAACAAAAAAACAAAAAAUAUACCAGCAUCAUCAUCAUCAAAAGUGAAAGAAAACAAAAACAAUACGAUGAUGGCAAAAUGUAAAAUAAAUAAAAUUGCACAUCCAACGUUUAAUAGUCGUAAUCAGCAACAGCUACAGCAACAAAUGCGAUUACCCAGUGACAAACUAGUGAACACGGGCCAUUAAUUACGUCGACAAAUAAAUUGCAUUGCACUAAAGAAACAGUGGGUGGAGACUAACACAAAAUAAAUAAAACGGAAAUACAAACAAAAUUGUCAAUAAAUUGUUUGAAAACGAUCAGUUAUAAAUAAACACCACCUCUCACCAUCUAAACAGCGAUGACCAUAGACACAGACACAGUGUUAGCGACCAACUUCGUCUAGAACAGCGCCAUUUCCGGUUAAAUAGAUAGAGGUCAUUUGCAUUUGAAAGCAAGGAGGCUGGGACUAUAGUCGAAAUUUGAAACGAUUGCCAGACAGGAAGGACGAAAGUCACAACAAUUCAACAUUCGUUCGUCUAUGUUUGGGUCAUUGCCUAGCAGCAUAUGAGUACUCGUGCAUAGAACAAAAAAAAAAAAAAAAGAGCAGAAAACGAAAACAGUACUAAGUGUGUAUGUAUGUGCGUGUGCAUUAUAACGGCUAUUUUUACAGUUAAUCAAAAUCAAUCCCGAAAAAAGUUUCAGCCAAUAAAGCCAAGCGCCCAAGGAACAGAACAAAGAAUAAUCGCGUAAAGUACAACACCACACGGUUGUUAAAACCAUAAAAAAAAUAAAACAACAAUACCAAAAACAACGGAAGAGCCAAAUAAUAACCAUGUCGCAGUGAAUGGAACCGGUAGGAGAGCACUAGCACCAAAACGUCACAAAUAGUGAAACAGAGAAAAAAAAUAAAAUAAAACAAAAGGCGGUGAAUUAAAUACAUAAAAAUAGUAUCAGCAACAGUGGAAACGAAAACCGUGAUUCCUAUCUACAUUGGCCUCUUUGGCGCGCUCCAACAUAUCACAAUACGCUCUACAUACCCAAUCACUCACUUACUCUUUCCCUCUCUUCAUAUCUCUCUCUCUCUCUCUCUCUCUCACUCUCCCUCCCUUACUCUUUACCUUUCGCGUCCCCUUGGCCUGUUGUUUUAUAUCACUUAUACGCAGCGCGUUUUUGCUUUAUUUUGCUGCAUGGCAGUGUUGUAAAACGUCGCAUUAGUGCCACAUUAUUGGGUUAAAACCCAUAAAAAAAUCAUUGUUGUAAUCGAGCCUCUAUGCCUGCGCGUGUGUGUGUGUGUUUGUGUAUUCGUGUAACAGCAAUACCUUUGUACAACAGCAACAACAAUAGCAAGCACUGUUAUUGAGUUGGGCUAAUAGUUCAUAGGUCGUUUUAUUCGAUUCAAAAACAAACGAAAAAGGGAAAAUAACAAAAACUCAUUGUACCGUUGUACAGAGAAAAAAAAAAAAAAAAUAAAAUAAAAGAACAUCAACAGCAACAAAAGCAAUCAUUGAUUCCAUUUGAUGCCCCCUUAUCACUGAUUGGUUUUGUUUUUGUCAUCGCCAACGUCAUCGUUAAGCCCCACCACGUUGGUUUCGGUGGCUCAUCAACAGAAUCAGCACCAACACCAACACCAGCACUAGCAGUACCAUCAUCAGACAUCAUCGUCUCGUCAUAAUGGAGCGUAAACAAAUUUGUGUACUCACCCUAAUUUUGGCUCUUUUGAUUUUCAAACUAAACAUUUUCACCGUCACGGGUGAUCAGGAUGAGGACAUACCACACAAUGAAGUUCGAAAUUGGGCAUUAAAGUUUGGUGUGGAUUUAUGGGAAUUUGGAAGACAGUUUACAAAAAUGAACGAAAUCAAAAGCCGAUUUAAAGACAACGAUGUCGAAGUUAAGCGAAAGGAUGGUAUUAUCCUUCUACGUGAACUGGCGGCAGAGGUUAAAAAUUUCAUGGACUUCAAACGCAAUGCAGUGAUGCGCAUCAUGGAUUCAGCGGAACAAGCAGCGCUCUCAGAGCUCGACGCUCAGGGUUCACACUCAGCGACGGCGAAUAAUCAGCAUUAUGAUGCGCGACGCAUUAACGAAUACAAUUCGGAUGGUAAACUGGCCGAUGGAGCACGUCAUAUGGAUAUUCGUUUUAUGCGACGCUUCGAACGACUACCCGUCAAUCUCAGUCUAAGUUCGAUUCUGGUGCCGAAUGGCGUCUCUCUCGAUGAUGGAGACGUAAAGGCUGCUCUGCAGUGGAGUGCCCAUUUGGACCCACUGUUCCAGAACAACUUGGAGCGAGAUCCGGCAUUGUCGUGGCAAUACUUCGGCUCUACAUCGGGAUUUCUGAGGCGUUUUCCUGGGACAGCUUGGCCACCGGAGGGUUCGAAGGGCAGUAAACAAAUCAACGAUUUUCGUACGCACAAUUGGUUUGUGCAGGCGGCCUCUUCGCCCAAGGAUAUUAUGAUCUUGCUCGAUUCUUCAUCGAAAAUGUCAGAGAAAUCCUUUGACUUGGCAAUGGAAACUGCCUUCAACAUUUUGGACACCUUGGGCGAAAAUGAUUAUGUCAAUUUGGUUACAUUAACAGACUUGUCAAAAUCGCCUGUACCCUGUUUUAAAGAUCGUAUGGUACGGGCCACUCCGGACAAUCUGUUGGAAAUCAAAUCGGCUGUGAAGGCGGUAAAACUGGGAGGUACUGUCAAUAUCACAGCUGGUCUCGAAUAUGCCUUUAGUUUACUCCAUAAGUACAAUCAAUCCGGAGAAGGCAGUCAAUGCAAUCAGGCCAUUAUGUUAAUUACGGAAAGUUCCUCAGAGUCUCAUAAGGACAUAAUCAAACAGUACAACUGGCCCCAUAUGCCCGUUCGAAUUUUUACUUAUUUAAUUGGUUCCGAUUCUGGCAGUAGAAGUAAUCUGCACGAAAUGGCCUGCUCGAAUAAGGGAUUCUUUGUGCAAAUAAACGACAUGGAAGAUGCUCGCCGUAAAGUCAUCGACUAUGCCCUUGUCAUGGCCAGACCCAUGAUUAUGUAUCAGGCUGACCAUCCAGUCCACUGGAGUCCGGUCUUUGUGGCUGGGAAAUCGGGGGGUCUAGCUCGUGACUCGGAAUAUCAACGUCGUUUGGUGACGACAGUUUCAACUCCGGUCUUCGAUAGACGCAACCAUUCGGUACGUGUGGCUAAUCUGCUGGGCGUCGUUGGCACUGAUGUACCGAUCGAGGAGAUCCGCAAAAUGAUACCACAACAUAAAUUGGGACCGAAUGGAUAUUCGUUUAUCGUUGAUAACAAUGGCCGUGUACUGUAUCAUCCUGAUUUACGUCCCAUGAGUGAUGGCAAUCAGUAUAUUGAUCAAUUGAGACCACGGUAUACGUCAGUCGAUAUCACGGAGUUGGAAUUGCCGGAAACCGAAAUUGGUAAUGAUCAUGAGAUUGUUGAAAUGAAUAAGAAUCUUCUGUAUGAUAUGCGUAGUGAUAUGAUUAUGCCCAAAGAGGGUGAAACUGAAUUCACUAUUCUAACCCAUUAUGAUGAUAUGAAGAGAGUCUAUGCUAGAUCGCAGAGAUAUUUUUAUGGCCCCAUUGAGGAUACGCCAUUUACGCUCGCUGUUGUCUUGCCCGAAAAGUAUGGAACCCAUGAACUGUUCUCUCAACAAGAGAUAAGGCAUUCUAGAAAAAAUGUAACUGAAUACUUUAAGGGUGACAAUUGGCGUGUGCAUCCCGACUGGGUGUACUGCGAAUACAACAGCGUAAGCGAUUUAGAAAAGGAACGGGAAAGUUCCGGUGAAUAUUCCAAUUCUAGGGAUCAAGAGCCUAGUUUUGGUUCACCUGAAGAACAGGUGUUGCACUUUCUGUCAAGAGCUGGGCGACCCGGUUGGAAAUGGAUGUCGGUACGACCCAAAUCUCCCCAACCGCAUCACAGUAUGCAUGGUGCAACACCUGUGGGUCAUUUUGCCCAACACAUGAAUGUACAAGGUUCUCGCAAGGCUGAACCCUACUAUUGCGAUCGAACCUUGCUACAGAGUUUGGUGCGAGAUGCCAUGGUCACCGAUGGUCUGGAUCGUAAUUCAACGGGAGCUCCAAAUGGCAAGGAAGAUAAAAAUCCUAUCGCCACUUUGAUGGCAAUAUUGAAAAGGCAAGGAUAUCAAAAAUUUGUGGUCACCACUUCAUUUGUUGCCACGCGUUCUGGACUUCUACGAUGGAUUGAUCACAUAAAACCAGCAGAUGAUUCACCGGAACCACAUUUCAGCGAAGAAAAUGCCCGAGCCAUGGAUAUGUCCUGGUACAAACGAGCUGUGGAUCAACAUAGCAUAGAGCAGGACAGCUUUGUCUACAGUGUUCCUUUCGGUUCCGGCUACAAUGGCAAAACCAAUGGCACUUUAGUAACAGCAUCUCACUCCAUAUUUGUGGAACAUCGUGGCCACAAGGCACCAGCAGCGGUAGUGGGCUUACAAUUUCAGCAUGACUCACUGGCCAAACAUUUUAUCAACAUCACAUCAGCGUGUACUGGCAUGACUGGUUGCAAGCGCACUUGCGCCUCAGAUAAUCUUGACUGCUAUGUACUCGAUAACAGUGGCUUUGUGAUUAUAUCCGAAGAUGCUGAACACACUGGAAAAUUUUUUGGCCAGAUUGAUGGCACUAUCAUGGAUUCUUUGGUCCAGGAUCGCAUUUAUAAAAGAGUAACAGUCAACGACUACCAGGGUGUAUGCUCGAACUCGGACAAUCCUUAUACCGCUUGUGGAGGAAUAGUCAAACCAAAUCGUGUUGCCUCUUGGCUCUUACAAUAUUUUGUUUCGUUGACCAGCACAUGGUUGGCAUUUUUGCCAACACCUCUGAACGCCUGGCCGCAGGAUGAUUACAGCUAUAAUGAGGAAAAUUUUGAAGAACCCACAUAUUCAGAUGACUAUGAAACAUUUGAUGAGGACUAUAUAUCACCAGUGGAUGAAGAAAUGGAUGAACUAUUUACCACCGCCGAUGUGGAAUACACUACACCACCGCCGAAACAGCAUAAGCCCCAUGUGGGACCACGCUCAAAUCCUGAUCCCUCCAAUGCUCGACGUUGCGAUUUGCGCACCGAUUUGUAUAUGCUGCAGCCUGAGAGAUUAAGUCAAGGUGGCCAGAAUAAUCCUUUGAAGGGAAAACUAACAAAUUGCCAUGUAUCGGGCUGUGAACGCCCUUUCAGUGUCCAAAAGAUUCCUCAUAGCAAUUUAAUUCUAUUGGUGGUGGACACAUUAUGUCCAUGUGGGUCAAAGCAAUUGGAUAUUGAGCCCAUGGAGGAGUCCGGCAUUGUUGGAGCCUGCAGUACCCGCCGUCAAUCACAAGAAACACAAAAACGACGAAGACCUAAAAAAUGCAUAAACUAUCAUCCGGAAGAAAUCGAAAUACAACAGUGCGGUCGGGGAGCACAUCUGCUUCAGACACCAGCCUCCCUGUUUACAGCCCACAUUGUCAUGAUACUUGUGAGUAUCCUGUUAACAAAUGCGUGAUACUAAGGACUGGGAUUUGCUCGCUUGCAGUAAGCUCAGCCUUAUUGACAACAGAAACCACAACAACAGAACUUUGUAUACUUUUUUUCGGUUUUCACUAGACAACGCAAAAACAUACAUAAGAAGUACGUACACUGAAAGAAAAAACAAAAACAUUGACAAAAGCAAGGCAUACAAGUAGCGGUACAUACAUUCUCACUCCCCAAAGAAAAAAAGCCCACAGCAGAGACAAUUAAAGUUUUUAAAUGUAAUUUUCGUUAUUUUUCUGUUCUCCCAUAAUGUCUCAAAGGGUUAUAAUUAUUAUUUUUUUUUUUUGGGAGAGUUGGCGAAUUGUGUGGAAAUGUAUUUUGAAACUAUUUUGAAUGAAGUCCUUUUGAUUUUGAUUGGCUUUUAAGGCCUCUGACAGGAAGCUAAGCAAAACGAAGAAGACGAUGAAACCUAAGAGAAUUUAUUAAGUAAACUUAAUGAGAUUUGUAAACUAAGUUUUGUUAGAUGAAUUGAAAUUAAAUUAAUUGCAAAAACGAAUGAAUCACACACAGAGAGGAUAUAGGAAAACCUACAGUAAAUCGAUUAUGUAAUUGUACCUACAAAACAUACAAAAAAAAAAUGAAAAACCACAACAUAACAACAACUACAAAAACAAAACUCAAUAAGAGAGAUUUAUAACAAAACAAUUCAUCAUUAGUUUAAUAUGUAAUAAUACUUAGUAAUUUAUUUAGAAAUUAGUUGCAACCAAAUAUGUUUUAGAACGUAACUUAAUCCAUUUUGAUGGUUAGCGGCGAAAGGAAAAAACACAACUUGCCGUUAUUAGAGAGGAAUACUUGCUACCUACAAUGAUUUCGAAUGAUGUAACUGAUGAUGUUAUUAUGCUAUACUUUUAUUUCGAGUAUUGUUAUUCACUUUUUAUAUGAAUGUAAAAAUUCAUGUUACAAUAAAAUUGCUAACGAGCUUUUGGUCGAAUAGAACUACGAGUACAGUUCCAAAUAUCGAGAAUAUUGUUAUCUUUGGCAAAGACUUAAGUGUUCGUUCAACCGGUUUCUGGCUCGGAUAUAAAUUUCUAAAGGAAUGGUGGUUCAACAUACACCAAUUAAUUGAACAUUUGGGGCCUGUCUCACUAAGCUGAGUGACUUGUUAUGAGAAAGAAUGGUAGUCAUUCACUCUCGAGUGAGUAUGGGUUUCAGUAGCUAGUAUAUAAAUGUAGCCAGACCUACAGUUAAAAAAAAAAACUAACAUUUGGCAAAGAAAUCGCUAAAACACGUCAAAAACAGAAAAGUGAUCUUCACUAAUCGGAGCAGUUGGCAUAAUAUGUAAAAAAAAAAAUAAAAAUAAAUAAAUAAAAGCGAAUGCCUUAAACGCUCGCCGUUCUUUAGAGGAAAGGAAACAUAUUGCAUAUUUCAGAGGCGGUGAUUUAAAAAAAGAAAAGGAAACUGCCCGAAAAAAGAAAGAAAAGAAAACUCCUCCAAAUGCUCUCAAAAUGUCCUGAAACCAAUAGGCAUAAGAUUUAUAACAAAUGUUCAAUAAACUUUUCACAAAUGUUUAUUAAAAUUUUCACACGUUACUAUUUUCGGCUCAGGGAUGAACGUUAUUGAUAUUAAGAUGAGUUCCUAUCAAUCAUCAAUAUCAUUGACGUCAAUACAACCAUAGUGAAAUCCGACUACAAAGUAAAUGGCUAAUGCCUUCUUUCGCAUUGUCACUCACCCGAUUAAUCGUUUUUCUGCUUCUUAUUGGGACGCAAAUCAGCUGUUUGUUUGAUAGCUUGCGAGUGAAUGGAAGCAAUAAACUUAGUGGGACAUGCUGUUAGUUUUCAUAUGUCCAAACUUAGAAGUUAAUCUGCGAUAAAAGCCCUUAUAAAACAGCAUAAUUUUAUAAGUGUUCGUCAAGGCCACACUAUGAUCAAAGUUCGAGUUGCCCCCAUCUUUUUACUUAUUUGUUACAUAUUGCAACGCUUUCUAGCAAUAAAUUGAUUUUUUCAACAAGGCAUAUUUGCUCUCUAGUUUAUUAUUUUUAUUUAUUAUUAUAUUAAUUAGUGCAAAUUACAUUAGCUUGCAAACGUUUUAUUUUCAAUUCAAAUAAGACCUUGGGAACUAGUACGAAAAACUCAACGUAAAGUCGGCAUAGAAAACGUUGACCAUAGAAACUAUAACAGGAAAACCGACAAAAAUUCUACAAGCGUAUGGCAAAAUCUUUUUUAAUGUACCUAACUCAAAUAAACAAAAAUGGCGUAUGGAAUAUACAGCACUCAAUCAAGUUUAUUUUGAUUUUAAACUACAAAAGUUGCAACUCAUUCAUUCAUAACGCACCCCAGUUUAUAUUCUAUGGAAGCGUUUAAACUUGGCAUAUGCAAUGUUAUUCUACAUUACUUCACAAUAUUUAGGAAUAAAACAAUCUUUGCCACUUUGGAAGUACAUAAAAUGCUGUCCCUUCAGAAUUACUUCCAACUAAUUUUGCUGGGUUCUUGCAAAUAAUACAAUUGGUUCUUCAUAAAUAAAAUCAUUAUGCAGGGGAUUUAACUGGUUAUUCAUUAUUUAUAUGUAAUUUUUAAAGGAAUAUCCUUUUAAUUUUAAAAUAGAUGGUCCAUAUUUAAAAGAAUACCAAAUCAAACUAAUAUUGUAACGCAAUUAACACUUUACAGUAAGAGUUGCAGCCGGAUUUAUGGUUCACGUCAGUUGAUUUCAUAAAAAGGAACCACUUUACCAAGUAAUAAUUAAAACUUAAAAUUUUAUCAAUUAUAACCAGAUUUCAGCUGGUUACUUUAACUCUUUCAGAGUUUAUUCAAAUUUAUUUCGAUGUUAUGGUGUACAAUUAAAUUCAAGCUUUCCAUCCUUUUUCGAACAACUCAAUUAUGGCCUGCUGCAUUCCUUGUGCUAUAAGUAAAACAAACAAUAACUUAAAAUACCUACCAAACAAUGUAUGUGCAUUAGAAAUUCUUGUUGUGUUUCCGUGAGCCUGGCGCCAUCUGUCUGUUGUUCUUAUGAGUUUUGUUAUUGAACGUACGAGCAUUGUUGUACCUAAGGCUAACAUUUAAAUAAGUCUUUUUCGGCGUUUACAACUCUUACACGACCGAUCUGCUCAACAUACUGACUACUCUUCAAAAAGUAAUGACAACUGAGUCAAAGAACAAAAAUAUGUUAUGUGUAUGAUAUUGUGUUUAUACGCUCAAAUACUUCCUUUCUCUCUCUAGUAGGAGAAGCAAAAGAGAAUUGCUAUAUAUAUAUUAUAUAACGGCCAAGGUUUUAUAAAGGCGAUUUUUGGUACAUAUUAAGGUCAAACGGCUGAAUGGAUUUUGGUGAAUGUGGCAUUAAUCGAAAGAUAUUUUUCCAGAGAAGCGACAAAUAUUUAGUUUUCCCUAAAAAAAGACAUGAGAACGAGAAAUUCAUUUUCAAUAAAAGGAGAAGAAGCAUAAAAGGACAUUGUUGUUGGGUUAUGGGUGUGAAUGCUAAUCCAUAAGUGGGAGUAUUAGUGGUGAAAGAUAGAGAAACAAGUGGUGCGAGAGAAAGAGUAUCACUAUUUAUAGUAGUCGAUGGUGCUAUGGGGGAGUGAUGUGCGUGGUCCUGCUCGGCAUGUUGGUCCGCCAAUUUUUGGAGACCCCGCUUUGUGCGGCAUUUGCAAUUUUGUUGUUGUUUGCAUGUAUACGAUAUCUAUUGGGAGGCUGCACAACAAAACAAAAAUUUUGUAACUUCAGUACAGGUCCUAUGCAGUAGAUGGGUUGGUGUCACUCUUUGUAUUUAAACUUGGAAGUGAAAAUGAAAAAGAUAGCCGGUUAUUAAUUAUUCUGCUUAGUCAAAUAAAUAAUUAUGUGACUAUAGACUCAUUGAACGAAAUAGUUGAUGGACAGUUUAAAGAAGUAAGGAAGAGGACCCAUAUCAUUAUUAUGUAAAAAAAUUAUUUAUUUAUGUUUGUAUGUCCAUAUAGACGACCUAAUCUUUUUUCUUGAAAAUUUCGCAGUGAAUAACGAUUCUGUGAUGAAAAAACAGAAUAUGUGGCAGGUCGCUUUUCCACGAACAUACCCGAAAAUUACAUGUCCGCUUUGGGGUUGUUAGAGGUAAUGCGACGAAAGGCGUGAUCAAAGCAAUAUGGUGUGUCAAAUGGAAGAUAUGAUGUCAUAUGCCUGGGGUCAUCACAGCCUCUAAAAGAAACGAUCAUGAUAAGGUAGCACUCAAUUGCGAGGAUUCAUCUUUCAGAGAGCCCUAAAUCCAAAAGGGCUUAACGGAACUAACCUAAUUAUGACAAUAUGGGCUCAAAUUCAAGAUAUAUAAGUGUGCAAACUUUAUAUCCAACUUUUUAGGCGAAGUAGCUUAAAUGCUGCCAAUCUUGAUAUUCAAUAAAGGGGUUUUAGAAGAAGGAUACAAACUGACACAUAACUUCAAGAAUGUAUUAAGUACCCACCUCUCUUUAAUUUAUGUUAUUUAGAAGUGAGAACAUAAAUAUUUUAUAUCAAGUAUUAGUAGAGUGCGAAUUCGAGGAGUGGUUUAUAAUUAGCCAUAAAAAAUUAUAAGAAUACAGACCCAGAACCGGUAUUUAACUUAUUUCCUACAUAUUUAUCUACAUUUGUGACUAUUUAAGACGUACAUUUUUGGUUUAAAAGCUUAAAUAUGAUUUUACUAGAUAUUUUGUUUUGGAAUAUUUGAUAAGAUUGAGUUUUGAAACUGAAAAAAUAAAUACAUAAGAUGAAAUAUGCAACUUCUCAAGUAUUUAUGACAUUAAUCAUAUGAAAGCAGCAGAAAAUGCAUACCGUAUUGGCAGACAAUUUUUGAUUUCCCGUUUCCUGCAGACUAUUUUUUGUUUCAAAUUUUACCUAUGAACAUUCCACUAAGGAACAGGGGCAAACUUUUCACAAAUCAAUGAGUGCAGUCUGAUUCAAGUCUAAGCUCAAUGAUAAGGGGCUUCCUUUUUUUAGCCGAGUUCGAAAGGCGUGCCGCAGUGCGACAUCUCUUUGAAGAGAAGUUUUACAUGGCAUAGUACCUCACAAAUGUUGCCAGCAUUAGGAGGGGAAAGCCACCGCUGAAAAUGUUUUCUGAUGGUCUCGCCAGGAUUCGAACCCAGGUGUUCAGCGUCAAAGGUGUACAUCCUAACCUCUGCGCUACGGUGGCCUCCACUACAAUCUUUUGCUACUCCAAAAUUUUUUGCUGAUUUUACUAAAAAAUUUGUCUGAGUGAAACUUUUUUGCAAUAUUGUACCGAAGAAGAACAAUCAAAAGGAGGACAUGUAGAUCACAAAUGUGUUUGAGAAGUUAAUUUUACAGAAAGUGAGGUAGCGAUGGACUUAUGUCCGUUCAAACAUGCUGUAGAGAGUCGUCUUGAAUAUUAUAAGAUUGCCUAGGGUUUGUGUACUAGCUGUAGUUGGUUCCAAAGUUUUAUUGAGCAUAUGGAAAUUUGCCAUUCAGAAAUCUUGGGGCGAUGACGUGGUAUGAUUAAGUUUUUCCUCUGGUGUACUGACCGAAUCUUGAGUAAUCAAAAAGAUACCUCGGUAUCUUUUGAUCUUUAAAAGAUUAUCGAAUCUAACUCCAUGUAGUUUCUUAAAUAUUUUGCUAUUGCAGGCAAUAGACGUACCUUAGAAUAGUUUUGCAUGUAAGGUUUAAGCGAUGAUGACUCCUUUUGUCGCAAGAUGCAAAUAGAUCACACCCGUAUUAUAAUUGGGGAACAAGAUAUAUUUUUUUGCUAGAAGUCAUAAGAUUGACUUCCAUAAAGUAUUCUAAGAAUUCCAUAUACUUUUCCUGCAGCCAUUUGCAAAUGGUUGUGUAAGGCGAAAAUUACUACAAGAUUUCUUACAUCUUUGAUAUCAUCAGUUGUCCGGUUAUUCCGAAUAAUUUCAUGAUGAAUUAUGGAAUGUUUUUGUUGGCCCAAUUAUGAACAUUAUGCAAGUCCUCUUUCAGCAGGACAAUAUUGGAUUGUAUUUGGAUUUAGGGCUACUUAGAUAUAGCUGCACAUCCUCAGCGUAUACAUGGAAGUUAGAGUGUAUUACAAGAUACUGGAGAUCUUGUUUGUACAUGCAGGGGAAGAAAGGUAAAAGAAUGGAGACUUAAAGAAAUAAACACUUUUGACAUUGAAGAUUUUUGAUUUUACAUUAAAGAAAUAUUCCUUAACCUUAGGCAAAAUUGCUAAAGAGUUUACAAGAAAAAAGUUUUAUUAUAAUGUUGCAGAGUUACAAUAAAAAUAAAACUUCGUUUUUUUUCCAAUUUCUAAGACCAAUUUUCGCAUAGCUUUGCCAAAGUUUAUAUAAAUACCAAUAUUUUCUGCUGAAAUAUUUAAUUUUCCCCUUUUUCCACCCAACUAAUUAUUUUGCAUACCUUAGUUAAUAGAUGCCUUUUAAUCAUACCCAGCGACAUACCAAACACUUCGUUAGAUAUUAAACCCCCGACCUGAUAUUCGGAGUUCACUAACAACUCAACAAAAUUAAGUUAUAACUUAAUUUUUAAGUGUUAUGUUACAAAUUUGUUGGCGGCAUGCGAAACAAACAUAAGCGUCUAUUGAAUG